AUUGCCAAAAUACAUUACUUUUCUCUGUUGUUUUUCUCAUCACGAGACACUUUUAAACUAAACAAAAUGACGAAACUAGCAGACAAUGUAAACCCAAACGUAUACGACAAGGGUUCAGAGCGGGAAAAGAGUUCAGAAGACUAUAAUGAAGACAUAGAAGAUCUGUUUGAUGAACGGGAAAUUUUUGAUCUAAUUCGGAAUAUCAAUGAUCCCGAGCACCCGCUUACGUUGGAAGAGCUGAGGGUUGUGGAGGAAAGUAAUAUAAAGGUGGAUAAUAAGGAUAAUACGGUCGUUGUUAGCUUUACGCCGACAAUACCACAUUGCAGCAUGGCUACUUUGAUAGGUCUAUCAAUUCGAGUCCGUCUCCUUCGAGCAUUGCCCAGCCGUUUUAAAGUGACCGUAGAAGUCUCCGAGGGCUCCCACGUAUCUGAGCAUGCGGUCAACAAACAGUUAGCGGACAAGGAGAGGAUAGCUGCUGCGUUAGAGAAUAAGAAUCUAGUGCAAAUAAUUAAUCAGUGUAUUGCAACGGUCUAGUUUAUUAUAACUCUUGUGAGACAUACUAAUUAAUUACUACGUUAUCGGCUUACUCACGUAACUGUUUGACGAGUAACUCGACUAGUUAAAAGCCAUGCCUUAGCAGUAGCAGUAGUUCUAGUAGCAGCAUGACAAUCGCCGCGUCGCGGAAUACUGCUCAUGAAUAUGAGCCUCUAGCAUGGCUUGAAUCUAGUCGAGUUCCUCGUCAAAUAGUUACGUGAGUUAGCCGAUAACAUAAUAAUUACUUGAUCUAGCUUGUCAUUGUUUUUUUUUAAUGUUGCCCCACACUAGGCAAUAUAAAAAAAAAGUACGUGUCAAAUAUUUUAUCAUUACUAUAUACGAUUUUUUAUUUUCACCCCGUAAUCAUCCCUAUUAGUGAUAAAUGCUCAUAUCUUCUGUAUAUGAGAAGAGAUUUCGCCCGGUAGUGGAUCUGUUUACAAUCUUAUCUAUUACUAGUGACCCGCCCCAGCUUCGCAUGGGUGCAAUGGUAAUAUAUUAAUGCAUGUAUUAUACAUAUAAACCUUCCUCUUGAAUCACUCUAUCUAUUAAAAAUAACCGCAACAAAAUCCGUUGCGUAGUUUUAAAGAUUUAAGCAUACACAGGGACAUAGGGACAGAGAAAGCGAGUUUGUUUUAUAUUAUGUAGGAAAUAAAACUCAAUAUGUUUAUAAAAAAUGUAUAAUAAUGUAUAUUUUAUUUUAAUAAAACAAUAUGUAAUAAAAAUAAAAACAUUUUUGAUUAUACUUAUAUCCUUACAAUUACAUAGAAAACAUAGUUGUUUAUGUUUUUAAACUGACAUGGUCACUAACACUGGUAUUAGAACUCGAAACGGGAUAUUUACCAUGUUUUUCUAUUUCUAUGAGUUUCCGAUAUUUAGGCACAGUGUUAGCAAAAAACGAACGAGAAAGAGGGUAGACCGAUUUGUCUGCUCUUAAACAUCCACCUGCAUUUACUCCAGUUCAUCCGUGAUCAUGGCGCUUGCAACAGUGCCGAAAUAUCGGAAACUCAUA